CCCUCUGUAGAAAUUCCGAUGACAGACUGUAAGUCCUCAGUCCAGGCACAAAACCCCAUUAGAGUGUAGAGCAAGCAGAGGGCUAAGAGUGAAAGGUAGACAGAAAGGUUUAGGUCAAGCAGGGUUCAGUAAAUGUAGAAUAGCUAGUAAAAUUAAAACACGAGAAAGAGCAAAAGUAACAGAGACCAGGAGAGUGAACGAGAGAGAGAGAGAGAGAGAGAGAGAGAGAAGUUGUGAAAGAAUGGGCUCUCCAGUGCUCUAUGUGAUUCUUUUCUCUGUGCUGCUGUAUCUCUCUAGUGUGCAAACUCAGGAGCUGCAGGAUAAAGAUGCCCUAUGCAAUGAGAAGAGCUGUUUAGUAAUCUACUUUCAGCGCAAAACCUUCCUGGAUGCCUGGCGCAGCUGCAGGAAACAGGGUGGCAACCUUGUCACCAUCAAGAGUCCAGAGGAGUCAGACCUAAUUGAUACGCUCUUUUCUAACCUGGAACUGAUGGAAAGUAGCCGUGUGUUUGUUUGGAUUGGUUUGCAAAGGCAGCCCCGUAAGUGUGCCGCCGGCCGUCCCAUGCGAGGCUUCACCUGGAUUACUGGGGAGCAGGAUACCCAGUACACCAACUGGCAGCAAGAGGACUCUCCAAACACCUGUUCAGUUCCACGUUGUGUGAGCAUAGGUUACAGUACCUCUGCUCAAAAAAUCCAGGACAACUUCAAGUGGAAAGAUGGGCCUUGCUCAAUUCCUGUGGAUGGCUACUUGUGCAGGUACACUUUCUCUGGCAUGUGUCAAGCUAUUUCAAAUGAAGGAUAUGGAAAUGCACUGUACACAACCCAAUUUGACCUUGUCACCUCACUCUUGACUCACAUUCCAUUUGGGUCAGUUGCAACUGUACCCUGCUUAACUAAAGGUGACCAAACAGUACUGUGUACUGAAAGAGAGGAUGGGACUGUGGGUUGGAACAGAGAUCCUCCUUUCUGUUCUGAUAUUUCCAAGACAAGCUGGUGUGAUAAGGAUAAUGGUGGCUGCCACCAUUACUGCAUAGAAGAUGGCAAGCAUUACUACUGUGAUUGUAAGGAAGGCUUUCUCUUGGCUGAAGAUGGAGUGAGCUGCUUUCAAACUGACCCCUGUCAAGGAUCUCCCUGUGAAUAUGAGUGUCUGACAGUGAUGGACAGUUAUCGCUGUGCCUGCCCUGAGGGGUACAUGCUGGCACCAGAUGAGCAAGGCUGUCUGGAUGUUGAUGAGUGCUUGCAGAGUCCAUGUGAACAGAUCUGUGUAAAUGCACCAGGGACCUUUGAGUGUGCCUGUCGUAAUGGCUAUAAAUCUAAUGAGGAGGGAACUUGUGAGGACAUAGAUGAGUGCGUGGAGUCUCCAUGUGAACAUGAAUGUGAGAAUGUAAAAGGUUCUCAUGUAUGUCAUUGCCACCAUGGCUUUGCUUCCCUUCCAGAGGAUCCAAGUCGCUGCUACGAUGUUGAUGAAUGUCAAUUUGAGGGAACCUGUGAGCAAAUGUGUAUAAAUUUUCCUGGGGGAUUUGAAUGCUUCUGUGAAGAGGGUUAUGAUCUCCAAAUUGACCUCUAUUCAUGCAAACCUAGUGAUGAGCAGCAAUCUUCCACAGUAACUGCACCCAUCCUCUUGAUCACAGAUCUUACGGUUAGUAUGGCAGAAAAUCAAGACCCUGAUUACUACAAGCCUCAUGAAAAUGAAUCUCUGUACGGGCUUACUGAGCUUCCUAAUGUGGAGAUGGUUCCCACUGACCUGCUGUGGCUCACUAGUGCGACCCAGGAGGUAACUGAAACCACUUCACCAAUUGAAAGCCUUACUAGCAUCAUUAACAUGGAAUUGGAUAAUGUAGACCAAACAGUUGCUGUGGAUACCUUUUUAUCUUCCACCAUUUCAACUCCACUGUCAGAAUACUAUGAGGAUGAGAGUACCACAGAAUUCACAGUGUCCCCCACCACUACUAUAGCAGGCGGUGCUUGGAAUUGGAUGUUCAGUCCUAGCGCAAGUGAGCUUGACAACGAGAGAACUACACAAAGUCCUUUCAUUAUUGAAGCAGAAUAUGAAACCUAUAAGACCGAUCUUGAUAAUGGCAGCCAUGAUUACAAAUCUACAACUUCUUACACUGAAUUUCAAACCCUUACACAGGCCCUCCUAUCUACUCAGGGAGCUAAGGAUGGCAGCAGCAAAGAGCAGUCUCAGAGCAGCAGCUGGUUGCUGGUUGGAUUGUUGGUACCGCUCUGCAUCUUCAUUGUGGUGAUGGUGGCACUGGGUAUCAUCUACUGUACUCGGUGUACCUCUAAGCCACAGAACAAGAAUGCCACUGAGUGUUACCACUGGAUUGCUGGUGCUGGUGAUAAAGCAGCUGUCGAUAUGGCAAGCGGUGGUGUAACAAAGGUGUAACCAAACUGUGCCAGGACAAGCAGAUGAACACAGACCUUUACAAUUUUUUAAACAUCUUUACAGCAGAUGGUAGAACAAGGAAAUUAGGUGAAGAACUGUCUUGUAUCAAUACAAUCCUCAAUUAUUAAUUGUGGAUAUUUAAAUGGAAUAUCUGUCAGUGAUAAGACAGGAGAAAUGGGAGGAACUGGGAAACCUCUAACACUGUUUCUCUGCUGUACUCUGCUGAAAGAGAAAAGAACCUGUUGUUUUAUUUCUUAACCUCGUCACUCUUCCUGUGACAUGGUUGUUUAACUGUUGCAUUGUAGCAGCCACAAGGUCAUAGCUAAUGUGAAAAGACACCUUAGCAUUGUUUCACAUAUUUAUUUUACUUUUUAUAAUUCUUUUGUUUGAAGCAGCAUUAUGGUCGGAAAUCAGAAGUUUAUGCCUUACAGUAGUCUCAGAGAAGUGUCAUUUUUUUGUGAAAGUCCUCCUGCAUUUGCCUUGAUAUUGAGCUGUACUACUUGUUUCAACUCUCUGAGCCAGAUCUGAUGGAUGAUAUUUUUUGUUUUGCGACCGUGAAAUGGAGAAAGUUUCUAAUUGUUACAGUGGACAUCACUGUGCUCCCUUCUGUGACUAAGUCAUAUUUAACUGUCAGAUAUUAGUGUGAGGUAAUGGUUUAUUAAAAAUAUGCCCAAAGCAAAUUAUGAUAACAACCUAAUUAUUAAGUCACAUGCUGUAGGCAUGAAGGAAAUUAACUGAACAUAUGCCUUUGAGGUUUAAAGUCAUUUUUUUUUUUUAAUUAAUGCAUAUUCUUAGUGGUGUUAUUAUGUUCACAUACAUGUACAAAACAUCUGAUAAGAAUUACAUGGACAAUAUUAUUAUGUGACCACACAAACAAUGUCAAAAAUAGUUUUAAUUUGUAAAUAUUGGACAUGUUAGCUUAUGAACACUCAUUGUUGGAUGAAUUCAUUAACUCCUGCAAGUUCUGCUCAUUAAAGUAUGAUUUCACUCUGAGACUUAUCAACCAGAAUCUAAUGAAUCCCUAUUGGUAUAUUUCAUAGAAUUGCAGACUGGUAUAUUUGAUAGAAGAGCAAUGCAGACAUCAAGUCACACAAAUAUUUAUGGUAUAAUUUUUUAAGUGUUCUUUUAUGUUACAGUGCAUAAUCACAUGCAAUAAUUUGAACACUAUGUUGCUACAAAUGAUGUUUUGUGCCAAAUCUUUCUCUGGAAUCUAACUACAGGGUCAUUUCCUCUCAAGUGGUCUAACACAGGUAGCUUGACCAUUUUUAAUUUUCCUAAUUUUUGUCAGUGCUUUCCUCUAAGUAUUGUCAUUGCAAAACCACUGUUUAAAAAAAUAUAUUUUACUUGUUUUUUUUUAUUAAAAAAAAGAGAACUUUCAAACCUGAAAUGUUCUGCAUGCACACUAUACUUACCUAGGUACCCGCUAAAAAAAUUAAGACUGAGACUCAAACCCUUUCUAUUAUAAAUUGACCCAAAAUGUGGAACUAUGAGCAAUCUUGAGCAUUACAUUUGGACUUAAGUUCUAAGUCUAAGAAACAAUUGCAUAAAUAUUUAUAAAUGUACAUGUACCGUGCAAUGUGCUCUAGAGAUCAGUUUUUGUUGUGUGCCAUGACACAAAUAUGGCCAUCAUAUUUAAAAUAAGUUAAAUAAAAAAAAAAUAAAACUGGUGGUUUAGCAAAAGCCGAUACAUAGAGGUAAUCACUAAACUUUUUUGGAAAAAUUUAAAAACGGUUAAGCAACCAACUUUACAAUUAUUGUACCACUAGAGAUGAACUGACAUUACAUAAAUGUUGAAACAAACAUUUACUCCAACUAACAGUUGUUUUUAACAGGUAAAAAUAAAAGGUAUUGCACAAACCAUGCUCAAUAGGUUGUGGAAAUCUACAUGCACAAGUGAAACAUGUGCAUAACUCACUUAUUUACAUUUACAUUUACAUUUACAUUUAUUCAUUUAGCAGACACUUUUAUCCAAAGCGACUUACAAAUGAGAAAAUACAAGCAAAGCGAUAUAUCAAGCAGAGAACAAUACAAGAAGUGCUACUAUAUAAGAUCCAUUAAUUGAGUUCCAGAAGAAGCAAAGUGCGCAGAGUAGAGGUGUAAGUGCCAUUAUUCUUUAUUUUUUAAAUAUUUUUUUUAGGGGUUGGUUAGGUGUUCAUGAAAGACGUGGGUCUUUAGCUGUUUCUUGAAGAUGGUGACAGAUUCUGCGGUCCGGAUUGAGGUUGGAAGUUCAAUCCACCACUGAGGAACACUGAGGAACAUUAUUUCAUAUUACAAUUCAAGCUGGAGUGGUUCGGACUAAAUAUAUUAAAUAUGAACAGUUAUAAACCAUUGCCACACUAUCCAUGUACAUUUAGCAUUAAGAAGGAAAAAAAUUGUUUGGCAGGUAUGCCAGAAUCUUUGUAUCUUUCAGUAGUACACAUUUUAUUCAUCUUCAGUAACCACUUUUUCCUGGUGGGGGUUGUGGUGCAUCCAGAGUCUAUCCUGGAAACACUGGACGUGAAGUGGGAAUACACCCUGGACAGGCCACAGUCCAUACACACAUUCAUCCCUAGUGGCAAUGUAGAGUAGCAAGUACACCUACAGUACUAGCAUGUUUUUGAGAGGUUGGAGGAAAACAGGGAAUAACCCAAAGGAAACCAAUGUAGACACAUGCAAAACUCCACACAGACAGUAAUCUCAGCUCAGGUUUGAACCAGGGACCCUGGAGCUGUGAGGCUCUCAGUAGUGAACAUACAGUAUGAAACAAAAUACUGUGUUUAAUCACUGUAGGUUGAGGCAUGAAAAUUUUUUAAUGACAUAUAUUGUAUAUUUGAGGUUAUCAUACCUCUAAAUAAGAGUGCAGAAAGAUUUCUGCAGGUUCUGUAAGUAAGUCGAGUCUUUCUGCUUUAUGGCAUAUGUUCUAGAAACAGAAACAUCAGGGACCACAGCCGUUAGAAGUUUUAUACACAUGUUCAUGCGAAGGGCAGGAAGAUUCCAGCAAGCAAAAAUAUUUUGUCUCAACCCCAGAAACAAACCCAAAGUAAACAUGCAUACAUUAUGUAUAGUCUUCUUUGAUGAGUAGAAGCUUUGUGAAAUUUGUGAGUUUGCAGUGAACUUCCUUCAUAAUGUAUACAUCUCUAACUUCUAAACCUAAAUUCUUACAGAGCAGCAGCGUCUAAAUAAUACUCACAGUUUGGUUGUUCAUCUAGAUGGCAUUUGUGCUGUAACAAAGAAGAAGAUUAAACAAUUGCAUAAAUUGCAUUCAUGUAAUACAUAUUUGUGGCUUUUGUCUUCUGUUUGUCCACAAAGAGUGUUUGUGGACAAAUCCAAUUUGCUGAAAACAGUCUCUGGCUAUAUAUCAAAUCAGUGUAUUGACUCAGUCACCUUGUGUUUGAAAUCUCGGUGAACAAUUUGACUCGUAUAGAUAAUGACAUUUGUUAUGUACAGAUUGUAUCCUCUACUGUAGCACUAUUGAAAGGUACCACAAUACAAUACUGCUUUUCAUUUUAUUCAAAUGGAAGAUCUGAAAAAUUUGACAUUUCUUUUAAAAUGUAGCUGAGCAAGUUGAUGGAAUUGAAUUUGCCUAUUUAAGGAAGACUCCCAUACCUAUUUUGGGGAGUUUAUUUUGUUUUGUAAAAAAGCUAUGGCUGUUUGUCUUUCAACCUCGUGUGAUGUUAAUUUUGCACAGGUUUGGGAUUUGGGACAACAGGUUCCUUACUAAAAAUGAUUUGGAGAGAUGUUUGAAUGAGUUAUAUAAAAUAUACUCUAGACCCACAGCAGGCACAAUCCAACAGUAAAACUGUAGCUCUAGUACUAUUCUGUGUAAAUGAGGCCCUUGACUUGAGGCUGCUUUUCCAUUCUGUCAGAGGAUUUGGGUUGGCUGUAGUGUGCCUAAUUGGAGGACGGAGCAUUUUGUGCAUUGUGUUUAAUCUACCACUCACUGCCCCAAAACAUUUUCCUCAAAUUCAGCUUCAGUGCUGUUAUUCAGUGCUGUGUUGAUAUUGGUAUUGUGUUAAUCCUAUGUAGACAUGUCGUUCUUUCCAAUGUUUUGAGACUUCCAUCAUCUGGAGAUUUUCUUCUCUCAGCCAUGUGCACUGCAAUGGCUUUAUUGUUUUGGGUUCUUUAUUAACUCAGUAUGUUUCUGCUGACAUUCUCUGAUAUUUCUCUGAUGGUCUCAUCAUUGUAAAUUCAUACUAAAUGUGUAUUCAAAAUGUAAAGUGGUUAAAAUUACAGAGACCAGCAUGGUUAGUGGUUGUAGCUUUUCUUACCACUUUUGUCAUUUCAAAUCUCAUGAACUUACUCUAAU